UUUUCUAUCUUCUUUCCUUUCCGCCUACGUUGAUUUUGUGCAUACCAAAAAUGGCUACUGCUGACUGGGAUCUUUACGCGGUGGUGAGGAGUUGUUCGUCCACCGUCAACAGGGCCAGCUCCGCCGUAGGAAGCGACGGUUGCCACGAGGACCCUUUGGCUUGUUUGGUUUCAUUGACGUUUGAGGAAGAAGAUGACCCGUUUGCAUUUCCUAUUCCAAGUAAAAGUGGUUCUUUACAAGAAUCUCACGAACCCUUUUGGAACCCCACCACCAUGGGCACUUAUCGAGGCAGAGAUCCAAGCUUUUCGAGGCCUGUUGACGGAGGAUCCAGUGGCCAACAUCAUCAGAUACAACAGCAGCAGCAGCAACAACAAGAAGAAGAACAAGAACAACCCACCAUUAGGACGAGCCCAGCUGCUCCUGUUUUCACUUCCGGCCAAUUUGUAAACCAGCGACAACCACAGCCGCUGCAGUUGAAGAAACGAGCUCAACAGCACGAGGUUCCAAGAACAAGAAAGAGGAAGAAUCAGAAGAGAAUCGUUUGCCGUGUAACGGGUGAGAAUCUAUCUUCAGAUCAAUGGUCAUGGCGAAAAUACGGACAAAAGCCCAUCAAAGGUUCCCCCUAUCCAAGGCACUACUACCGGUGCACCAGCUCAAAAGGGUGCUCAGCGAGAAAACAAGUCGAGCGUAGCAAUUUCGAACCCGACACCUUUAUCGUUACCUAUACGGGCGACCACACUCACUCUUGGCCCUCUUACCGGAACUCGCUCGCCGGCAGUUCUCGAAGAAACAGGUUAUCGACCAUUCGAAAGGCCGCUAAUGCUUCCUCCACCUCUUUGAUCUCUCCAACGAUACCACUUUCGGCUUCUGAAGACGGCGCUAACGCCGGCAACGUGUAUAACGCAGGUGAUAAUGGAGUUAAAAAAGGUGAAACCGUUAACACCAUGGCUCUCCAAACGUUUCCCGACGUAGAGAACGAUGAUGAUAACGAUGUUAUUUUGAUCCCCAACGUGCAUGUUAAUGAAUAUCUUCUCAAUGGGUUGGGAGAACUCAUUGGCGGUUCCGGCGGUGGCAGUAAUAGUAUUGGUAGUGGAUUAGGACCCAACUGGCCAGCCUUCCGUGGUCAAUUUCCUUCUCCGGGUACCGGUAACUCUGCCUCAAGCGCCGGAGCCGCCGCUGGUCGUGAGUGA